AACCUACCUCAGUUCACUUUGUGGUGGAUUCAACAGUCGUUACUUUGCUCCUGCAACUUGAUCAUUUCACCGCCGAGUGUACUUUUCUGCACACGCCGGGUUGAAGAUCCGGUUUCCAUUAUUUCCCUUUGGCCAUCCUAAUUAUUUUGCCCACUUAUUAUCCCCCUUUUGAGCAAUUUUCUUUCUUUUCUACCUGUAUAAUUUUAGUGGUGUAAAGUACUAUCUAUAUUAGUAGAACUUAUCAUUCAACAUGAGCAGCUUUCCAGGAGUUGUCAAAGUUGACGACAAAACUGGCCGAUAUAUUGAGGCCACAAGGGAUAUCAAAGCUGGUGAGCUAAUAAUUACGGAGGAGGCCUUGGUCACAGGUCCAUCGGGCGAUCCGGCGCCCCACAAGAUUUGCUUGGGUUGCUACAAAGUCAUCACAGGGGAACCGGUCGACUGUUCCGUCUGCAAAUGGCCAAUGUGCAGCGAGAAGUGUGAAAAGAUUUUACAACAUGCCAAAUUCGAGUGCAAAGUCUUUAAGAAUGCGGGUCUCAAACCAACAACUGACCCAAUGGAUUAUCUCGGAAUUAAAGUACUCAGAUGCCUUCUACUUAAAGAAGUCAGUGCCAAGAAGUACGAACAGCUCAUCAAGUUGGAAUCGCAUCUGAAAAAAGGACCCAAAAUUGCCAGUAAAGAGAUAUGUGAAUUUAUCCAUAAGCGUUGCAAUCAAAAAGCUUUUGACACCGGAGCGGUUAAUCAAAUGGCCGGGAUUGUCGCCAUAAAUUCAUUUGGAACCUCUGACCGUCUUUCUCUUGUUGAUGCACCAAGAAUGGCUUCUUUACUAUUUUUUAACGCCUCGAUGAUGUCUCAUGAUUGUACCCCCAAUACCAGUUGGGUCCGGGUGGAGAAUUCUGACAACACUUUUUCAAUAAAAGUGUGGGCCACCGUGCCAAUAAAGAAAGGGGAGCAGAUAACCACUCAAUAUCUCGAUUUAACACGAGGAACAAUUGAAAGGAGGGCUCACCUCAUUGAAUUAUAUUUAUUCCCGUGUUCUUGCAAGCGAUGUACCGAUCCCACGGAAUUGGGAACAAACUAUUCUUCAGUCAAGUGCAGCAAAUGCCCCCCCGGAAAAGGGUAUCUCUCGUCCACGGAACCCCUCAAAGGGGCUGAUGCAAUGUGGCAAUGCGAUGUGUGUGGGGGACAACAGCUUUAUCGAGAGUGCUCGGUGGGAAUAGAGUGCCAAAUUGUUAGCGAAAUCCAACAAGCCGAGAGUGAGGAGGAUCUUGAAAAAGUGUUAGAAUCUCACGAGGGCGUUACCGUGCAUCCUAAUCACUACUUGAUGAUGGACGCGAGGCAGGAAAUUGUCAAGAGGUUAUACAACACCAUUGCCACCAUUGCAGAAAUUCCGAAACGAGUUGAACGAGCAAAAAAGAUGGUUGUGUUAGUAAAAUCGUUGCUUGCUGUGACUGAAAAAUUUUAUCCAGGAAAAAACAAGAUUAAAGCCCGGUUGACCUAUUACUUGCAAUAUGCUGAAUCCUGCACGCAAGGAGAUGGACCAAAUGUUGAAGAACGGCUAGAAAAAAUCGAGGAAAUUAUUCGAAAAGGAGACGAAAUGCUCAUUUUCGAGCCUUGAAAUUGGGCUAAAGAGUUCUAACGCUAAACUUUUUUGAUCUUUGCAAAAAUUAUGUCUAUGCAUAUACGUAUGUCUAUGUAUGAGUUAUGAAUGCUUUAAAUGGAUGAUGUAAAUAGUUCACAGACAUGUUUCUAAGCAUGCAUGCAAAUGAUAAUGAAUGUUCGCACUAAUUAAAAAUUAUUGGUUUAUGCAUUUACUAUAGAUUUACUUUAUGAUAUAAUGAUAUUUGUGGACGAUGAUGACUGGAGGAUGGAUUUAAGAAAUAAAAUAAAUAAGUCAAA